AUUAAAAUAAUCGAAAUAUAAUAUAAAAAGGAUGGUUCUCAAAUGCGGAAGAAUCGUAGUAUUUUUGUAGACUUCACUUGUAGUUCCGGUUCAAACCAGUACGUGAAGAGAUGUCGUACAUGUUCGCGAACAGUUACUUGUUAUGUUUAGUCGUGUUGUGAGGAAUCGAUGAUCGUUGAAUUAUCGUAAUCGUUCCUGGUGUUCGUAGUAAUCCGGCCAAAUCGAACUAUGCAUUUUUAUAAGGAAAAGCUUCUGUCACCGGGACAACUAAAGCGCCUGAGUGAGCACAAAUACAGCUGUACAACAAGCAGUCUUUUGGAUGGACUUCUUCAACCCUGGUGGAACUGGCUUGUUAACAAAGUUCCCCUUUGGCUUGCACCCAAUUUAAUCACUAUCGUGGGGUUAAUCGUCAAUAUUGCCACCACUUUGAUCCUUAUAUAUUACAGUCCCGAUGCUAAAAUCGAGGCACCUAGGUGGGCAUGUUUUUUAUGUGCACUUGGUUUAUUCAUUUACCAAAGCUUGGAUGCCAUAGAUGGCAAACAGGCCAGAAGAACAGGAACUUCAACACCAUUGGGUGAACUAUUUGAUCAUGGAUGUGAUUCCAUAUCAACCGUAUUCAUUGCUAUAUCAGCAUGUAUAGCAGUACAAUUAGGAUAUUACCCAACAUGGAUGUUUUUUCAAUGCUUUUGUGCUAUGACACUUUUUUAUUGUGCUCAUUGGCAAACAUAUGUUUCAGGUUCAUUGAGAUUUGGAAAAGUAGAUGUCACAGAAGCACAGUUUACCAUUAUAAUAAUUCAUCUCAUUUCUGCAGUCUUUGGACCAAAAAUAUGGAUGAUGGAGAUGCCAGUGCUUGGUGUAGGCACAGUCAAUAACUACGUAGCAGUGUUAUUUUAUGCAGGCUACAUUCAUGUAUUCCUUGAAUUCUGUAAAGUGUUUGAGUCUGGUGGGAUUGGAAAGAAUGGUUCCACAAUUGCAGGAACAUCAGUUUUAUCUCCAAUUAUACCAUUUAGUUUUGUGGUAGUACCAGCUUUUAUAAUUUAUAGAAAAAGUGCUGAGCACGUAUAUGAAAAUCAUCCUGCAUUGUACAUACUUGCAUUUGGAAUGGUUGCAUCUAAAGUUACCAAUCGAUUAGUGGUUGCACAUAUGACAAAAAAUGAAAUGCAAUAUUUAGACAGUUCACUGAUUGGACCAGCAAUGCUGUUCUUGAAUCAGUAUUUCAAUUUCUUUAUCAAAGAAUAUUAUGUUCUUUGGUUGUGUUUUAUUUGGGUUACUCUGGAUUUACUUCGAUAUAGUGCUCAAAUUUGCCUUGAAAUCUGUGAUCAUAUGAAGAUCAAACUAUUUAGGAUACCAUUAGGAGAUCAUCGAACGAGCCAGGUUUCUAAUACAGCUGAAAAAAAUGUUCGUAUGAUGGUGGAACAAGAGCCUCUGUUAGACGAGGAUUAUCAUCACGGAUCAGAUACCACCCUCGACCUAUGACAGUUGCAAAAGUAUUCGUCGACGUAAAGAUAAUUAUUUCAAAGUACAGGGUUGCGCAAAACUCUCGGAAACUUAUAACCUUACUCUUUUACCGCACAUAAAGAAAAUAGAGAUCUUCCACAAUGAAGAUCAGUAGAACAGACACCCAUAGUAAGUGUUAAAAUUUCACUUGGCCUUUGAUCCUUUAUAGAUCGUAUUUUUGUCGAGAAAUUUAAGAUACCGAAGAAUGAAAAGUGUAAAUACAGUAUGAUACGAUUAUAAAGUGUAGUUGAAUAGAAAAAAACGAAGGAAAAAGUUUAAGAAGAAUUGUGCGUUUGUCCUGUUCAACGACGUAGAAGAAAAUUACA